GUUGCUUUUACGAUAAGUAGUGUGUUGUGCGUAAAAUGAUAUUCUGGUGCGUAGUCAUUCUUCCCAUGGUGAUGGGAGGAUUGAUAGCAAACGAUAGCAUUGAGAACAAUUUAGACAUACCUUUCGAGCUAACCAUGACUUUAGUGGAGUCAAGGAUUUUAGAGCAACUAGAAAAACUGUCAAGAACUUUCGGCGAGGAAGCGAAAACAAUUAAUGAAAAAAUUGAUCAGUUAAAGCGCGAUACCCAAUCAAUACAAGAAACUAACAUCAUGUUCAACACAACACAACAGCUGAUGGAAAAGCUAUCGCAACAGCUACAAACUGCAUCAAAAUCCACCGAGCAACGGCUGACCGAUCUGGAGCAUCGGCUACUAGACCAACUGCCUGAACAGUCCGGUGUGUACUUCAUGCAACCAGACCCGGCUAAAAACGCAUCCUUCGAGGUGUUGCGAGACUGGACGAACAAUCACGGCUUCGGUGGUAAUUGGAUCGUAUUCCAGCGUCGUUUUAAUGGAUCGGUCAAUUUCUACCGCAAUUGGACCGAGUACAGGCAAGGCUUUGGUGAGCUACACGGUGAACACUGGCUGGGUUUGGAUAAGCUGCACGCGAUCGUAAGCACCCGCCAGCACGAGCUGCUGAUCGUGCUGGAGGACUUUGAUGGGGUGGUUGCGUACGCUCACUACGAUGAUUUUAAGAUUGGCAAUGAGAGUGAAAAGUAUGUGAUUAAAUCGGUUGGCCAGUACUCCGGUACGGCGGGUGAUUCGUUCUCGCCGCACAAGGACGAAGCGUUUUCCACGCACGAUCAAGAUAACGACAAGCAUAAGACCAACUGUGCCGAGUGGGUUCGUGGUGCGUGGUGGUUUUACAAGUGUCAUCAGAGUCAUUUAAAUGGUGAAUAUUUGAGAGGAAAGAUCGACAAACAGGAGGGCAUUAUGUGGCUUCGCUUCCGAGGAUCGUACUACUCGCUCAAAAGCACCAAAAUGAUGGUGCGUCCCGUUGCCUAACCAUUUCGAAGUAAAAGUGUCCUGAAAAAUUGUAUAAAUAAAGGCAAUUUUUCUUUUUAUUUAGGUUCUGAGAAA